AUGGAAGUCGUCGAUGUUGAGGAGAUUGUAGCAAUGUUCCUCCACAUCCUUGCGCAUGACGUGAAAAAUCGUGUCAUUCAAUGGGAGUUCAUGCAGUCGGAUUCACGCAUCCUCCUUGAUGCCAUUUCAAGACCUAAUAGCCUGAAGGUGUCCAAGGGCUAUUACUACCUGGUUGAUGCCAGGUACCCAAAUGCAGAGGGUUUUCUGGCACCCUAUAGAGGCCAAUGCUACCACUUGCAGGAACGGCGUGGCGCUGAAAAUGCACCUUCAACAUCGAAAGAGUUCUUCAAUAUGAAGUAUUCGUCUGCUGGUAAUGUAAUCGAAAGAGCAUUCGGUGUCUUGAAGGGUCGAUGGGCGAUAUUGCAGGGAAAGUCAUACUACCCUGUAGAAGUCCAAUGUCGCACAAUACUCGCAUGUUGUCUCCCCCACAACCUUAUUAAUAGAAUGUUGACAAAUUUUGAUAUAGAAGACAACAUAGAUGAGGUUGAUUUCACAUGCGCGGCCACUGCCGCCGAUGACAUACAUUACAUAGAGACGUCUAAUGAGUGGACUCAGUGGAGGGGCAAACUUGCUCAAGAAAUGUUUAAUGAAUGA